UGUUGUUUAUUAUAUCUUAGAACAUAUGUUGAAAGAUUGAAGUAAAUUAGUUUUGAAAAUAUUUUACGGCUUUUGAAUUUGAGUUCCGCGGGUGUCGCGCAGUCGGUCCCGUGUGCGCGAUGGCGACAUCCCCGGAGACGAGGCUGAAGCGGUUCCUCCACUACGGCUCGGAGCUGCAGCUGUACCAGCCGGGCGACCGGCUGGCCCAGAACCACUUCGUGCGGGACAACCUGACCGCCGUGAGCGACCUGCUGGCGGACGAGACCAAGACCCCCGACGCGAUCGUGGCUCACAUCGUGAAGGCGUACAGCGACGGCUACUCGGCUCACCCCGCCGGCCUGGUGUUCGCGCUGGCCGUGUGCGCUCGCCAGAAGGAGAGCACGCCCCUGCGAGUGGCCGCGUACAACGCCGUCAGGACGGUGUGCAAGUCCCUCGACUCCCUCUUCCUCUUCGUCAAGUUCAUGUCCGAGUUGGCGGCGCCGAACUCAGGCUGGGGCAGAGGGCUGCGCCGUGUCGUGUGCGACUGGUACGCCAGUCUCGACGCCGCGGAGCUGGCCCGGCUGGUCAGCAGCUACUGCACCCGCUACGGCUGGAGACACCGCGACCUCGUCAAGUCCUGCCACUUCAAGACAGACGACACUGCGAAAGCCGCGGUGAUACGCUACGCCAUGUUCGGGCUGAAGGACGCCAGGGAGAAGUUUGGGGACAGGCCGGAGGCGCAGCAGGUGCUGGCGUACCUGCAGGCGGUGGAGGACUUGAAGCACAGCCAGGACGAGCAGCAGGCGGCCCGACUGGUGGAGAUCCACGGCCUCACUCGCCAGCACGUGCCCGCCCACUUCCACAAGUCCAGAGAGGUGUGGUCGGCGCUGGUGCCCGGCCUGCCGCUGCCCGAGCUGCUGCAGAGCGUGCGCCAGCUGGGGCGCAUGCGGCUGCUGAAGGGCCGGGAGCUGCUGGUGGGCCAGGUGCUGGAUUCCCUGCAGGACCAGGCAGCCCUCGCCGACUCCCGCCUGCACCCGGCCCAGGUCCUCGUCGCGCUGCGCAACUACCAGGCCAGCGGCAAGGCCGUGCCGUACCUGGUCACCGCUGGAGCCCAGAUACCCGUGGUGCGCGUGCCUCCCCCGCCCCCGCCCAACCUCAAGAUCAUCGAGUGUCUACACAUGCUGCUGCACUCGUCUUUCAAGAUGCUGGUGGCGACGGGCAUGCGCUACCUGGUGGCGCUGGAUGUCCGCCCGGCCAUGUGGGCGGGCAGGUGCGCCCACUGCGUCAGCGUGUCACCCGCCCAGGCCGCGCUGCUGCAGGCCCUGUGCCUCGUGAAGGCAGAGCGCGACGUCACCGUGCUCACGUUCCUCGGCGACCAGCGGCUCCAGCUGCUGCAGCUCGACCCCAACUACAACUUCGCCCAGGCCGAGCAGAACCUCAAGCAGAUGCCCGGAGGGGACGUAGACCUAACAGUGCCAAUAACUUGGGCACUAAAUAACAAGAAGGCAGUCGAUGUGUUUGUGAUACUGACAGACACCCACGUCAAGUUGCCAGAUAGCAUCAAGCCUUCAGUAGCUUUGGGGAAGUACCGCACUCAAAUGAACUUACCAAACACAAAGUAUGUGACUUGUGCCUUUGCAUCAUCCAAGGUGAUGGUAGCUUGCCCGUCAGACCCUAGAAUGUUGGAUAUUGUAGGCUUUGAUUGUCAUGUUCCAAGUGUCAUCGAGGGCUUUUCCAGGGGAGCAUUUUAAGGUUCCAGUGGAAGGUAGAACGUCUAUUGUCUUCUCGCAACGUAUCGUAACAACACACUUCUAUGGUAAAGAAACUGUACGUCUAAAAACUUCAAAUAAAUAACUUGCAACAUUACAAACAGAAGAAAAUGUUGAAACUUUGUAUUGUUGAAUAAUGAAUAGUUGUGGAAGUAAUUUUCCAGAGAAAAACAUUCUCUGUGCUAUAAUUUUCAGCUGUGAAAUAGUGCCGUGCAACUAUGAAAAACUACAGUUUGAAGUGCAGUGUUUAAAUUAAUUUUGUUAUGCUUUUAUUUAGCAAUCUCGCAUAACCAAACAAUGCUUGAAACAGUCGUAAAACUGAAAAUGUCGAAAUUUGAAAGCAAGCUGGAAAAACUCUACAAUGUCUCUCUUAUGUGGUAACACAAGCGUGAAGGAAGCAGCCACCCCCGUAGUGUUCAAGACGAUUGUCGUACAUGUGAAACGCAGUGCAUUGUGGCAACAUUGUAAUGAAACACGUGCAGUUUCUUGAAGAAACGUAAUAGCUGUUUUCUUGCUUCAAGCUUACUAACCUGUUGUUCAUUAAGGUAUUCAGAGCACAAGUUAGUAGUAGUUGUUGGAUGUUCCAAGCACAGGCUUGUGUUGUGCUUGUGAGUAUCCUGCGGUAAUCACAUUGUGUAGCUUGUGCAGGGUGUCUGGUACUCUUCUGUUCCUGCUCGCAGUACCAACAUUUCAUUUCAAAGUGUUUCUGAAAUUGUAAGAAAACAGUGUAUUUUCUAUUUCAAACUUAGAUUGUUAAUUAGAACAAAGUGCCACUAUCACAAAAUAGUUUGUCUCCAUUCCAUGUCCAAUAUGUAUCAUUUAAGGAACUGUUAUACUUGACUAUCAUAUUGUUUAUUAUUGAAGUUUAAAAAUAGUGUUUUUAUCCCCAAUUUAUAUCUUGCUCUUCUAAACCCACUAUUUUGGCUAAGCAAAUUUUAUAUAUGACUUUAAUACUUGAUAGCCUUGUGUAUAGUCAGGUGGUAAACUACAUAUUUCCUUCCACAAAUGAUUAUUUCAUUUCACAAAACUAUAUAUUUUACUACAUGAUAUUUAAUUGAAUACUAAUUAAAUAUUCAAAUAUUUAGGUAACAUGCUAUAUUUUCACUGUGAAAUUACUAUAAGUAUGUACAGUCAAAUACACUAAAGACCUUUACUGGACAGCUGUGUGGUAUCAAGACAGUGAGAGAGCAAACUUGUCUCUACAAUAAUGUUUUACAAACAGAUAGAAAAUUAUGUAUUUUAAUUUUAGUGACAGUAAAUAAUUAUUUACUUGUAUGGGAAAAUAAUUUAUACUUUAUAUUUGUAUAACUUUAAAAGAGGUUUUGCUAAAUGUAAAAAAAAAAUUGUUUUAAUUUUUAUAAUGUUGGUAUCGUAAAGUUUAAACUAAUGCAUUGUUGGUAUGUCUUGCCAACUAUUGGACUGAUGUUGCACCACUUCCAGGUUUUCGCACAAAAGUCUUGCAGCUGCCCAGUAUUAUAUUCACUAGCGUAUUUGGCACAAUGCUCUCUUAGUGUAUUUGUCUCAAGAUCUUAACAUAUGUGUGUUAACUCUUUGUUUGUCAGCUCAGUAUUGUAGUGAAAAAAAUUAAUAAAAAUAUGCUUAACCAAUUUUUUAGACAUUCUGUUUGGAAUGGUAGGUUUAACAUUAUAGAAUGCCUAUGUAUUUGCUGUCAACGCAAUAAUGUUGUUAGUAUUUUGUGUCCAUGUAAACAUUUUGGGAAAUUAAGUUUCAGUACUUUUCAUGUAAUUUUUUUAUUAUUAUUGCUAUAAACAGUUACUAUUAUGUUCUUACCAUAUUUCCAUAUUUAUUUAUGAAAGCUAAAAAAGGAAAAAUUUUAUAAAUGUUAUACAUAACGUCUUUACACGUGUGAAUCUUGCAUAGAACAAAGACUUUACGAUUAUUACUUUUUCUAGUUUGAAUUGAAUUCAAAUACAAAUUAUCACAAAUUUCUUGAAUAAAAAUAUUGACUUUUAAUAAUAAGAGGGAAAAAUAUUUAUGAAACUUUUUUAUGUUUAAAAAGCCAUAUAACGCGAAUAGUACUUAUAAAUAAUAUUUAACGUUAAUUGUUAUACUUACAACUUAAAAAAUUUUUAGAGAGGUUUUCUUUACAUUGGUGCACUUGGUGUUCACUUGACUCAUUUUCAACUUAUCAAAAAAUUUCCGGACUACAUUGUCUCCCUGUCUAAACUUGAGCAGUUACUGAAAAACUCAGGGUAGUUAUAUUGGACCCACUGAUAAAUUGGAACUGUAAUGACCAAAUUUAUAUUGUAAUUCAGUGACUUCCUUACCGUAAUUUAGAUUGUUACAUUUGGUGGUAUGAAACAGCUUCACUACACAUAGAGUACGAAGGAAAAUUACUUGUUUUGAAGUUUUAAGAAUUUGAAAUAAUUCAUUUUGAUAUUUAAAAUUUGUAAUAUUUGCACAGGCAGAUCACACAGUUUUGGACUCUCUGCUGUUGCUCUUCGACACCCCCGCUUUCUGUCGGGAAGCUGGCUGGUGCGUGUACCAGGGUUGGGUUGUGGGGACUCAAAUAACAACGUUCAGGGAACGACCAUGGCCGUAUUAUUCAAACACAAAGUUUAUGUGAAUACUUGAUGAUUUUAUAAGUAGGAAAUAUGUAUCUAGUGAUCAAAUUCAUAAACAGGAAUGAAAUGUUUAGGUAUAUGGUUCCUUAUAUGUAGCAAUUGCCCCGAAACCUAAAUGAUAAGAAAAUGCAACAACCAGUUCAGUCUGUCUUCUUCACAAGUUCCAUAGUCAUCAUGUGUAACAAAAAGUUAGUGAACUGGAAUGUGGAAUUUUUGAGUAAGUUUUUAUUCUAGUUGUUUUUAGCAAGAACCACAUUUUCCUGCUCUUUUUCAGUACAGAUUUGUUUGACAAAAAUUUAGUUCUGCUGUACUCGUAAUGUGGAUUCACGUACGGGAGUAACAACUUUGUUCAUUCUUGUCCAGCUAGUUUCUGAAUUGUGUUUUGUCGUCUGUUUCUUAGAACCUUUUGUUCCGAAAACAAAACUAAAUGCAAGUCUUCUAACUUAUAUAUAUUGAUAAGUCUUCCUUUAUUAUUUUCCAUUUUAAAAAUAGGGCGUCAACUUUUUCAUCCAAGAUAGUUCUUUGACUACUUGGUUCUGUUUGUUUUGCCGCACUGACAAUACUUCUUCCUGCCACGUUUGUAUUGCCUGACAACUUGUGUAUGAGCUGGAUUGUAUCAAAGUUUCUGUAAGGAAAUGUUAGCUUAUAGCCUUUCCAUGUGUGAAUAUUUGCUUGCGUUGUUAAGUAGUUAUAAUUACACCUUUGCACAGUUUGUUGUUUAAAAAUAGAAUACUUAAUCUGGUGAUGGUUGUGUUAUGGUGUGGUCUAUAUCUGUAAGUUAUAUUUGGGUCCACCAUUCAUUAAAUAAUACUGAAACUUGAUUUCUCUAAUUAAUGAAGAUGUUACACAAGAAAUUUCUACACAAAAUUUUUGUCAUAGUAAUUUGAUUUUGUAAUUAAUUUAAGUUUAAGGUGGCCAAUAUUGUAGCUGAUUUGAGAGAUUAUGUAUUUGUAAUUUCAAUAAGACAGUCUUUUAUGAAAUCCACACUUUUGGACAACUACUAAAGCCAUGUUAAAAUGUUAUGCAAGUCCAAAAAUUGACCAAGUUCUUCCGGAUGUAAAGUCUUAAUUUGUGGAACUAUAAGAGCAUUCUAACCUCCAAAUAGCACCUUUAAAUUAUAUCCCAUUGUUAACUUUUUUUUAGCCUAUUUAAAUGAGAAUAAAGAGUUACAAAUAAAAUCAAUAUAUUACAUCAGUGGAUAAUUUUUUUAAAAAUCUAAAAUUGAAUAUUGUCAUUUGUUACUAGAGUAACAACAAAGCAUUUAAAUAGUUUAUAUGUGCAAAUUCUAAAACCCUUCUGUAACAAAACCUUAUUGCACAUUUGAACACUACUUUUGAGAAACCUAUUAUUGAAUUGUUGAGAAUCUUUUAUCCAGAAUGCCAUACUCAAACAAAAUGUCAGUGUUACGUAAGCAAUAAGGGUUUUCCCCAUUUUCCAUAGAAGUUCAAGGUUUUAUAUAACACAUCAGGCUCUCAAAUGUUAGUCACAAGCACGUAACUGUGAGGACACUUAAAGAAUUAGAAAGUUUAUCGCAUCAGCAAAACUUACCGUUUCUGUUAUUCAUUCACUGCUGUUGAACAUUCCAACAAGCAACAGUGUGACCUUUCAAAGGCAGAAACUUCUCAUAGCUGAGUGCAUUAAUUACUAUUUUUUAUUACUAUCACUUUGAAAACCUGAUAUUGGUUUAACCAAAUUAUAUUUUACGUUUCUACGAUCAUGGUUUAAAACAACAUAGUUUUGGUUUUCUGCAGGAACCAUACUAGAUGUGAUAAUUAUGGACAUUAUAUUUUCUUAAAAGCUGGUUUACGUGAAAACAGUACCUUUACAAACAUGUGAUAAUAUACGCAAGUCUGCCACGAUUAAGAAACGGUUACAUUGAAUAUGUACUGUUGGUUAAUAAAUUAUAUUUAAAGAAUUUUUACACUUAUGUAGACUGGUUUAUAGAUUUUUAAUGACUUAAGAUUCGUAUGUACAAUCCAUUGUUUUGUUAAAAUAUUUUUAUAGAUAUCACUUAUUCAAGAACCAAAGCAGAAAAUUCCUGUUCAUUUCAAGUGUUUGUGUUUAUAUUUGUUUAAAUAUAGGUUUAGUUAAGCGCUUGUUUUGUGAUUGCUCAUUAUUUAUUGUGAGCAAAAGUAUUUUUUCAAGAAUAUUUAAAAAUUUGUACUUUUUUUUCCCCCUUCCAAAGAUUUAUAAGACUUUCAACUAUUUUCUUUUGUUACAUGCUGUAAUAGUUAAUGAUAUAAUGCACUAUAAUUUUUUUCUAAUGACUUGGCUAAUUUAAUUGUUUUUUAAAUUUUUUUAUAUUAGUUCUAUUUCACCUCAUAAAACUAUCAUCUCUGCUUGUAUUUAAUAACAAAUAUUUACAAAACAAGCCUUAGAAUUUGCUGUUGUGUUAGUAAUUAUAAUUAUGGUGAAAAUUAUUUUAAUGUUUGAUUUAAAUACAAUCACUUGCAACCUUUUUUAAUGUAGUUUUUUUUUUUUUUUGUAAUUUGCUGCCAUCACAGAUGUAUUUAAAAAAAGAAACAUUAUAAAAAUUAGAAGGUUCAAGUGGAAAAUACAAUUAUUUCUGCAAUGCAGCUUGUAGCAGUAAGCUGGUAUUAUUUUAUGGAUGUUGACCUAGUUUUAAUAUUGUAAUAUCUAUACAGCUAGUACUGCUAAUACAAAUUUCAUUACAGUUGCAGUAAAAAAGUAUUAAACUAGUUAUAAAAUUAUUUUAACAGUACUUCUGUAGGUUAGUUUUUUUAUUUUUACUUUUAUGUUUGUUUAGUGCUGUGGUUACUUCGCAUGGUUAUGUACAGAGGGUUUAUACUGGGACUUUCAAUUAUGUAAUAGUAGGCACAGACCACUUUGGUACUUACUGGGUGCUCAUAAAUGAGCCAUGUCGGAGUAUUGAGAUCAAACCAUGACUCAUUAAUCAUUAGUAGGGGCAAGAUUAUGUGGUUUUAUUUUUAUGCUAAUUUCAUUUUUUUUAAACGAGAUUUCAGUGUUAUUUUUUCUUCCUGUCUAUUCAUAAAUGUGUAGCAUAUUAUUACAAAAAUAUGACAUGAUUUUGGCUAUUAUAUAUUGCACUUUUACAAUAUAAUAAUUUUUAAUAAACAUGUUUAACUACGUAUGUCUAACUAAUCAGAACAAAAGUAAAUUUGCAAGUGUUUGUGUGUUUGAAAAAUUUACCAUUGUCAAAAUCUAAAAAUGAGUUAUUAAUUAAUAACAGUUGCAAGAGAAAAAAAAAACUAAAAAUUUUCCAAUCUUAUUACUACAUACAUUUUGGUACAAACUUCCUGCUAAAUAAAUUACAUUAAUCAAAUUUGUUAUAUUUUUAAAAAAAACCCAAUGCUUUUGUCAUUGGAGUUAACUUUUGAUUAAUAAUGCUGGUUUAUUAUGUUUUUAAAUACAUUUUGGUGCCAAAUGGCGUAAAAACUAGCAUUUCAGUGUUAUUUUGUGUGUCGACACAUGUAGCGUUUUAUUUCUGUUUUAUAGCAAUUCACCAUGUAAUCUCGUCGCUACUCAUUACUGGCUAUGAGUGCUAUGACCUAGAAGGCCCGUCAGCUGGCAGGCUGGCCUACACUAACACUGGCCUCCCCAUCACGCUAGUCAUCAGGACCACAUCUCGGUGCGCUGUCUGUACAUCAGCUUGCUAGGACCAUACUUCCAUGCAUCAUGCCACAUUUUGGCAUUGUAGCAAAUAUUACUAUAUGUUAAGUUCUCAGUCACUGUAUUAGAAAUUUUUGGGCAACCUGUUUUUAUGAGUUCUGUUUUAUAUCUUUGUUUAUAUCAUUUUCACUAGAACAUGUUAAUGCCUAUAAUUUCUGCAUUUUACAGUGAAAUUCAGAAAAAAGUAUGCCAUUGCUAGGUUUCACUGAACUUGGGUGUUGUAUGUUAAAAGUUUUGGUAUCAUUUUACCCACAUGUUAGUAUUGAAUGGGCAAUAUUGACAAAAAUUGAAAGUUAGUUGCACAGAAGGGAUGAAAAUUAUACCAUAUCCACAAAAUAAAGUUAGUUUUCUAAUACUGUAGCUAAGACAUGGUUUAAACAGCAUUUAUCCCUUACUCCGACAUUGUUACAAAGUGGCACAACACAGAUAUUGACAGUAUCUGCUGGUUUCAGCUAAGCUCGAAUGAUGUGGUUGUUAUCUUCCGUUUGUUUUACUUUUCCUGGCAAGUGUUGGUUUGCAGUGCCGAAGGCAAUCCUGAAAAAAAUAUUUUUCAAAUAUGACAUGACUGUGCAAAUAAAGUUCCAAUUUCGACAUUUGAAAAUAGGAUGGAAUAAAAAAAAAUAUUCCUGCAGUGUAAAUGGUGUGUUUUAUUAUAGCAGUAACAAACUCUUUACAAGAAAUAUUAUACAUAUUUUAACAAAUGUGGUGUAUUAUCUUUUAUUGCCACUGUACACCAAUUAGCUUUGAGACCUUUACUGAUUUCUCGCAAGUGUUAAAACUUAACUUUUUUACUACAGUAUGUACUUUUUUUUUAUGUAAAGCCAAUUAACUGGCUGCAUGACUUUUGUGAUUACAUACUUGUUUUGAUUUUGGUUUGAAAACUUAUAAGCAGUUCACAUUUGACAGAUUUCCGUAAAUGAAUUUCACUAUGACUAUAGCUGUGUUUUGUGUGGUACUAAGAUUUUAGUUGUUACAAACUCUGUAAGCAUAGCUGAUAUUUUUAUAAACAGCCAUGAAGUCAUGAUUAUGGACAAUUUUUAUUUUGGAACUGUUUGUCAACCUUGUUUUUUAAAUGUCGUGCUUAUUAUGAUCUAACUUAUAUUUAUAGCCAAGAAAAGUAGUGCCUACUAAUUAUUUUAACCCUCGACAUAUAUGUUGCAUUUUUGACUUGGCAAAAGAGCUACAAUAGUUCUAACAUGUCCUUCCAAAUGCUUGGCAGCUUAUAAGAACCCUCUCAAAGGAAGCAUGUUGUACAAUGAUACCAACUGCUGCAACGUUGUUCGUUGAAACCAUGUCACUUGCAUAAUCUCUUUUUGUUAUAUUGCAAUUGGCCCCAUUUUUAAUGUAUGGAAGUUUUUCUUUUUGAACCAAAUAAUACCUGUAAAACAGUUAAAAUGGUUUUUGUGUUAAAUAUAAAAGUAUUUUUUCUGCGCAAUUUAGAAUUACAUGUUAUAACAUAAUUGAGUUAUUUGUGGUAAAUUUUCUGUAUCUUUUUUUAUAAUAUAUGUUAAAAUUAGUUU